AUGCUGUAUCUCCUAUUAGUCGCUGCUUCUGUUCUUACUGUUCAAGCUCAGCCAGGGCCUGCCUUAAUUGACGAAUCCACUAGAUGGAAGCAAUGCAGUGCCGUCAAUCAAUCUAUCUAUGAUUACCAGAUGGAAACCUUACAAGGCCAAUUCACUGAUCUCUCACAAUACAGAGGACAAGUUCUUCUUGUUAUUAAUGUUGCCACUUUCUGCGCCUACACCCAGCAGUAUACUGACUUUAACCGUGUCAUCGAUUCGAAUGCUAACGGAGGUUUCAGUAUCCUUGCCUUCCCAUGCAACCAAUUCUACCUACAGGAACCAGCAGAGAAUCAUGAAUUGAUGAAUGGAAUCAUGUAUGUCCGUCCAGGAAACGGAUGGAAGCCACAUCAAAACCUCCACAUCUACGGAAAAAUUGAUGUUAACGGAGAAAAUCAACAUCCAUUGUAUGAGUUCUUAAAGGAAUCUUGUCCACAAACUGUUGAUAAUCUUGGAAAGCGUGAAGAAUUGAUGUACAACCCAAUCAAGACUAGUGAUAUCACAUGGAAUUUCGAGAAAUUCUUAAUUGACAGACAGGGACGCCCAAGAUAUCGUUUCCACCCAACUGCCUGGACUCACGGAGAAGUUCUUCAACCCUUCAUUCAAGAGCUCAUGGCAGAGUCUGCUUAA